AUGGAGCAAGGAAGAGAUUCAACGCUGGUACACUCGCAGCCCGAGCUAACUCCUCUGGAGGGUGAGGUCUUGGAGGAAUACGAAAAGCUGGCAGACAACAUGAAAAAACUUGCAUCUACACUAGAAGACUUAAGCAGCUCUCCAAGCACCGAGAUCCUUGACGGGCUACGCGAGCUGGAGCGCAAGACAAGCUUGGUCUUCACCCUUCUCAAGGCGAGCGUGUACAGUAUAGUGCUGCAACAGGAGAUUGAUUGGGGCGACCAGGCUGGUAACCAGCAGUAG